AGCCCAGACAAACGCUGGGAGCCGCCCGGUUCCGCGGGACGGGCGCAAGGGACAGAGCCGGGGUGCAAGAGCCGGGGCGUGGCCUCUGCACCCGGGCCGCCUCUUCUGGGUAGAAAGUGAGCACGCGGGCUCCUGGGCGCCACCACGCGGUGCACCAGCGCAAGUGCCUCUUCUCCUCUUGCUUUGGACCAACUGCCUCAUCUCUGCAGGAAAUGGACCCCAACUGCUCCUGCCCAACUGGUGGCUCCUGCGCCUGUGCCGGCUCCUGCAAAUGCACCUCCUGCAAGAAGAGCUGCUGCUCAUGCUGCCCCACGGGCUGUGCCCAUUGUACCCAAGGCUGCAUCUGCAAGGGAGCGUUGGACAAGUGCAGCUGCUACAAGCACACCGGGCCCGCGGCGCCUUGCCCUGUCCCUAUCAACCACGUGACCACGAAACCCUUGGCCCGAGGAGGGGAGCCUUUCUCCCACGAGAAGGACCGGCACCGCCAUGUACAGCAGGAGCCAGACAGGCGUGUCCCUCACAGGUAUCACGUUGUCACCCCCAGGAUUCGGCUGACACAGGGAGGUGGUGAAGGACAUACCCCUGGGCCAAAGGGAAGGUUCUUUCUCUUUCCUUUGGCAGGUGAGGGACUCAGAUCCCGGCACCACUUCCCAGCACCCAGCCGGGCUGUUUACGAACUCCUGUGCCUCGUGUAGUCCUGGGAUUUCCCUUCAGAGGUGGUAGGGUUUAAAGAGUGAAAGUGACUAAGCAGACUGGCACAGACUAACCCUUAUGUAAUUGUCAGGAACACCGAAAGGGAAAUAACAUUAUUUCUUGCUUGUUAUUUAUGCCAGGUCAGCCUAGUGCCUAAAAAGGAUCCCUUCCUUGGGGGGGCUGGGGGGAGGGAGAUUGCAUCCCAUGCUUUGGGAACCUCCAUCCUGGAAUGGGGUGGACCCGCGAGGCUGAGCAAACCCUGGAAAGUUUAGGCAAAGGAGGACCAAGACAAUAUGCCUAUUCGCGGCUUUAGUCGGGAGAAUGGAAGAAAGGGGGAAGGGGUCGCUCCGUGCUCCGGCCGGCGUUGCUGUAAACAGGAAACAAGGACGGAGGGACAUC